GAGCGGGCGGAGCGGCCGCACCGCCGGCGGCGGCGGCGGAGGAGGGGGUGUGCGCGGGUCACAUGGUCGGGGCGCCCUCCCCGUCAGCUGCCGUGCCCGCCGCCGAACGCUGCCACAGGAAGCCGCUGCCCCGCGCUUCUGCCGGGUGGCCCGCAGGAGCCGCCCGCGCCCGGUGCUCAUGAGGCGGGCCCGCGAGCCCCACCGCCUGCAGCCCCGGGCGGCGCGGUGAGGGCCGCACCCCGCCGAGCGCCAUGGAACUGAACGCGGGAGGUGUGAUUGCCUACAUCAGUUCCUCCAGCUCUGCCUCUAGCCCUGCCUCUUGUCACAGUGAGGGUUCUGAGAACAGUUUCCAGUCCUCAUCCUCGUCUGUUCCAUCUUCUCCAACUAGCUCUAACUCUGAUGCCAACGGCAAUCCCAAGAACAGUGACAUCUCUAGCAUCGAAGGUGUCUUGAAGAGUGAUCGCCCAGAUUGUCCUGUGAAAGCAGGCAAACCUGGUGCUCCUGGCAUGACCAAGAGUCACAGCGGUAUGACAAAAUUUAGUGGCAUGGUUCUACUGUGUAAAGUCUGUGGGGAUGUGGCGUCAGGAUUCCACUAUGGAGUUCAUGCUUGUGAAGGCUGUAAGGGUUUCUUUCGGAGGAGCAUUCAGCAAAACAUCCAAUACAAGAAGUGCCUGAAGAAUGAGAACUGUUCGAUCAUGAGGAUGAACAGGAACCGAUGCCAGCAGUGUCGCUUCAAGAAGUGUCUGUCAGUGGGAAUGUCAAGAGAUGCUGUUCGAUUUGGCCGGAUUCCUAAGCGGGAAAAACAGAGAAUGCUAAUUGAAAUGCAAAGCGCAAUGAAGACCAUGAUGAACACCCAGUUCAGUGGCCAUCUGCAAAAUGACACCUUAGUGGAGCGGCAUGAACAGUCAGCCCUACCAGCUCAGGAACAGCUGCGGCCCAAGCCCCAGCUGGAGCAAGAAAACCUCAAAAGCUCUCCUCCUCCCUCUUCUGAUUUCGCGAAGGAGGAAGUGAUUGGCAUGGUGACCAGAGCCCACAAGGAUACCUUUCUGUAUAAUCAAGAGCAUCGAGAAAACUCGGCUGAGAGCAUGCCACCCCAGAGAGGAGAACGAAUCUCCAGGAAUGUGGAGCAAUAUAAUUUAAAUCAUGACCACUGUGGCAGCAGGCUUCACAGCUACUUUCCCUGUAGUGAGAGCCAGCAGCAUCUCAGUGGACAGUACAAAGGGAGGAACAUGAUGCAUUACCCAAAUGGGCAUGGCAUUUGUAUUGCAAAUGGACACUGUGUGAACUUCUCCAGUGCUUACACUCAAAGAGUCUGUGAUAGAGUUCCAAUAGAUGGAUGUUCUCAGAAUGAGAACAAGAAUAGUUACCUGUGCAACACUGGAGGGAGGAUGCAUCUGGUUUGUCCUAUGAGCAAAUCUCCAUAUGUGGAUCCUCAGAAGUCUGGGCAUGAAAUCUGGGAAGAAUUUUCAAUGAGUUUUACACCAGCAGUAAAAGAAGUGGUGGAAUUUGCAAAGCGUAUUCCUGGGUUCCGAGAUCUGUCUCAACAUGAUCAGGUCAACCUUCUAAAAGCUGGCACUUUUGAGGUUCUAAUGGUACGAUUUGCUUCAUUGUUUGAUGCAAAGGAGAGGACUGUCACAUUUCUAAGUGGGAAGAAGUACAGUGUGGAUGACCUGCAUUCAAUGGGAGCAGGAGAUCUGCUCAGUUCUAUGUUUGAGUUCAGCGAGAAGCUGAAUGCCCUCCAGCUCAGUGAUGAGGAGAUGAGUUUGUUCACAGCAGUUGUUCUGGUGUCUGCAGAUCGGUCUGGAAUUGAAAAUGUCAACUCAGUGGAAGCUUUGCAAGAAACGCUUAUCCGUGCACUAAGGACCUUAAUAAUGAAAAACCAUCCAAAUGAGGCCUCCAUUUUUACAAAAUUACUUCUAAAGUUGCCAGAUCUUCGAUCUUUAAACAACAUGCACUCUGAGGAGCUCUUGGCCUUUAAAGUUCACCCGUAAGGCCUUGAAACAUGAACUGAUGCUAACUGUACAUUUUAUGCUAAGAUUCUUAUUUAUAUGUGUAUACUAUAUGUGGAAUUAGAAAAGACCUUAGACAGUGCCAGGUUCUGGGCUGUCUCUGUAGUCAGUUACCAGUAGCUGUUUGGAUGAGAACUCAUUGCCAUGUUAGACAUUGGCCCUUCCACCCCUGUAGACCAAUCAGCUGUGUUGUACUUAGACUGGAGAAGUUACAAUGAGUUAUAAUCACACUGAAUGUUAGACUUUUUCAUCUGCCAAAGCCAAAAUACCAUUUGAUCUCCCUGUGGUAUAAAUCUAACACACACUGCAGAUACCGGAGGACGUAGACAUUAACCCUUUGUGCUGAGAAUCUUGCUGUACCACGAGACUGAAAUGUGGUAAGGGAGACUGAGAGCCAAGAGGUCUUUACGUGUUUGGAUUUUGCUCUGCAAAUGUCAAAGUGCAUGGUCCUGGUAGUCCCUGGUUGUGGAAAAUGAUAAUUGAUAUCCAUGAAGCAUAUUUACCUCUUGGGAGAUAGGCACUAUGUAAAUAAGGUGAAGUUUUUAUUAUAAUUGCUCAUAAUAAUAUUCUUGUCUUAUUUCUAAGCAUUUCUUGGAAACUGUUUGACAGUCCACACCAAUCUGUUCAGGGUUCCUGCUCCAAGUGGGGGACCCUAUUGAUAAACACAUAUUCCAGGUUUAUGGACACCUCAGAUAGUAUGUGUACAUAGUGUGUAUGUGAAUAUAAUUAUAUAUAAAAUCUUACUUCACAAUAUUUUAAACUGUGAAGAACUUUAUCGUACAAUAAACUUAAACAAGAGGUGUCAAGGACCCAAAUUAGGUGCAUUUUACCCGCUGCUGCUGAUGGAUAACCAUUGCUUUACGACCUUUAGGUGGUAGAAUACUGAAAUUAUGCUCUAUUUUUGUUUAAGCAACAUUUAAUGUAAAAGUGUGAUGGGCAGUCAAAUCAGAUUUCAGAAAAAAACAUGUAUUUUAGAGUGCAUCUUUGGUGUAAAAUCCGCAGUUAAAGACACUAGGUGUUUCAGAGCAUUUCAGCUUUCUCCCUUGUGCUAAUAGAGGUGGUAUUGCUGCCUCUUACCUGCUGCAGGUGGAUGGAAGAUUUGGAUUCUAUGUGGAGGAUGAAGUUCUGUUUAAGGAAACUUCGUUACCCUGUUGGCAUAUGUGUGCCAAGUCCACUUUUCUUUCUUUCCCUAAAUAACACUACAGGGAUUUUGUCAAAUUAGAUACAAUAUAAUUGGAAAAACCUUUUAGUGGGUGACCUGCCUACAGGCUUAAAGAUCGUGGUAGGAGAGAUAGCCAAAGUUGAAGAUUCCUGAACAUUUCCCCCCCUGGAAAAUAGCAAUUAAUUAUACUUUCUGUGUAAUGUUUGGAUUAUGUGAAAUUGUAAAGACGUUAAGAAUAUGCUUGACUAUUUUAAGCCUGUUACUUUUGUGACAUGUAAGCAGAAUGCCUUAUUUUGUAGUCUAACUUGUUGCUACAGGAUCUGAAUUUCUGUGGCACAGUUAAGAGAGCUUGAAAAAGAUAAACCCUUGUUGUCAAAGAGGAAAGCUGAUGGUGUGUCUGUCAUACAGUAGGGACCAUAACAGCUGUUUACCUUCACUGGGUAUGGCUUUCAUGGGAUAUAUAACUAGGUUUUGUGAAUCCUUCACAUGAUAGCAUUAUCCUUUUAUAUUUUUUUUCUAGAAUAAACAAAUGCAUAGUUUUCUUCUAUGGGGAAAUAGAGAGCUUUUUGAAAUAAUACUGAAAACCUCAAAGAUUAUGUUGAUUCUUCAUUUUUGCCUUUGACAUAAGUGUCUUUAUAACAUGUAUCUUUAAAGUAGUUAAGUCUUUGGGAAUAUGUAACUAGGACUGUUAGUAUUGCUUGUAAUGCUUUAGUUAGGGUUAGUAUAUACAUGUACACACUUAAAUAUAAGCAUGUAGAUUUGCAUUUUGUCUCGUAAAAUUUUAUUUCAAUAAAUUCUUCCUAUAGUAAUGGGAAACAAAAUCCAUAGUUCAUAUGCCACAUGUAGUAUUUCUGUAUUUGAAAGUUGCCCAAAUACAAGCAUUCUAAUUCUAAAUUAAACCAGCAGCCUAAUACAAGCACACUCUUUGAUUGAGUCAUGGUUAAACAAUUAAUAAAUGACAUCAGCCAGAUAGGGAACUUCUGAGUCAGUGGGAAGCGGGCACUUUUGAUAAUAAUGUACUGUAUGAAUUAAGUGAUGCUUUAACUCUGACUUUAUGGUUCAAGGUUAAAAUAUGGGCAUUAUGUCACCAGACUUAUGGGCAUUAUGUUAGCAAGAUGAACCAUUUUUUUUCCUGUGCUUUUAGUGUGUCUUUACAUGAUCUGAGAGAGGAUUCCAGCUUUCAGAGAGCAAUAGCUGAGGGAAUAGAGGGACAUUUUGAGAUGAAGUUUGUUGUUAUGGUGAUGGUUUAAUUGCAGAUUAAAAAUAUUUCAGUAGAUUAGUGUUAUUUUCAUCUACAUUCUAAAAAAUUACCAUUGUUAUUGGGUCAGAAUUGAUGUGUGUUAUGUAAACAUUGCAAAGCAAAGCUGUGAGAGGAGUUCAGAUAGAUGUAUUCCUGUGCACGAGAGCAAACACCUGUCUCAAUUGUUUUUUCUUUUUUUGCAAUAUAAAGUUUGCUGAAUGUA